UUUACAUUUAAUUCUAUUUUUCUUCUCUUCUCUCCAUAAUCUAUAUUAAAACAUGAAUUCUAAUUUUAUCAUUACUUUACCUGCUACUUGUGAAUUAUGUGGCAAUUGGCUACCUGGGCAUUCAUCUGCCUGCCCUAGAAAUGGAGUACAUCCUUCUCAAUGGAAAAAGUUUGAUAUAAUUAUGAAUAAAACUUUUGGUAAAUUAAGUCAUGAUAAAGAUGAUUGCUUUCAAAGAAUCAAUAUCAAUGAGAAUUAUUUUCAAUCAAAGGAUAAUAUUCUUUACUAGAGACAUAAUAACUCUCUUUUGACAUUAAUAUAGAACACAUAUUUAAUAGCCUUAUUAUAUACUAUCUCAAAUAGUGAAAUUGUUUAUAAUUCUAUUUAGCUUAUCAAUAAUAGUUUAUAUUUUAAAACAAAAUCAUUGGGAUAAAUAAGAUGCAUAUAUAAUACAAUAUUCAUUAUUAAUAUUAUUAUCAUUAUUAUUAUCAUUA